CAUCAAGCCCCGAUAAAAAGGCGCGUCCCUUGAACUUGUGGGUCAUUCGCAAAUUGAGAUUUACGCGAUCAAGAUGAUGCUCCGCCUUGGGUUGUUGCCCUUUUUGGUGGUCGCCGCCGUCCUGGCCAACGACCCCCAGCAAAUUGACCAACCUAAUAAGAGUGAAGAAAUGAUGGAGUUUCAAAAAAGACUCAUGACGAGUGUUGAAGCAACAAACGACAACCUCAAACGAUUGGCCAGACUCUUCUACGAACAGAUGGUGAACACGAGAAAACUGGCUGAGGAGCAGCAGAAAAAUUUCAACUCGACCAACCAGAGACUGGCCGAAAUUGCGCAACUCUCCAAUGAUCAACACAAGCAGGUGGCAGAGGAAUUGAGAAAUUUGAGAAAUCAUGCCAAUGAAACAAACCAAAAGUUUAUCAAUUUGGAAAAGCUCGUUGACAACCGCCACAAUGAGAGCCUUGAAAACGUCAAGCACGUUGGUCAAAAGCUGGACAAAAGUGCAGCACUUGCUAUGCAUCAUUAUCAGCUCUUUGAUUUUAUAAUUAGAUAUCCGGUCAACUGCAACCUCGCCCGAUCGGCCUCAUUGACUCAGCUGUCGAAUGGGAAAAAGUACUUGUUUUUAACAACUGGGGGAACCUGGACUCAGGUCAGAGAAAAAUGCGCCAAGAAAGGUCUCCAAAUGAUAACCCUGAAAAACAUGAACGACCACAACUUGGUUUGGCAGAAGAUCAAGGAAUUGCUUGGUGAAUCUUACUAUUGGGUGUCAGCCAGGAACACCGGGAACAGCGGUCAAAUGGACUACCGUUGGCAGGAUGGCUCUAAGUUGGAGCUAAACAGCGAUUUGUGGAAGGACAAUGCUAACAAGGCGCAUGAGUGCGUCGAAAUGAAGUAUGGUUCCAAUAAUGGCAAACUGAGCGGCGAGACGUGCAAUUAUAGUGGAAGCAAAUCAGUCUGCGAGUUACCAAGUGAAUGCUACUGACGUUUUCCAUCGUGGCAUUAAGAAAUUUGUCCAUAAUAAAUUGAAGGAAACAUUUCUGCAAAAAGGCUAGAAACAAUAUUG